AUGAUGGCUCACCCUGGAAGAAGAGGAUAUGAUAACCGGGAGAUAGUGAUGAAAUACAUUCAUUAUAAACUGUCACAGAGGGGGUACGAGUGGGAUGCUGGAGAUCUGAGGGCACCAGCCUCUCCAAGUCUUCCUCCUGUUGUUGCUUCUGCCCCUGCUGUUGGAAUCUUCUCUACCCAGCCACGAAACACACCAUUGCCUGCUGAACCCCAGGACUCGGCCACUUCUACUACUGCUGCUGCUAGAAACUCACCUUUGCCUCUUCCUCCUCCUGCUGUUGCUGCUGCUGCUGCUGCUGGACCUACCGUCAGUCCAGUGCCACCUGUGGUCCACCUGACUCUUCGUCAAGCUGGAGAUGAUUUCUCUAGAAGGUACCGGAGAGACUUUGAUGAAAUGUCAGGUCAACUGCACCUGACCCCUGUUACUGCUAGGGGACGCUUUGCCACAGUGGUAGAGGAGCUGUUCAGGGAUGGGGUGAACUGGGGGAGGAUCGUGGCCUUCUUUGAGUUUGGUGGUGUUAUGUGUGUGGAGAGCGUCAACCGGGAGAUGUCGCCCCUGGUGGACAGCAUUGCCCUAUGGAUGACUGAGUACCUGAACCGGCACCUGCACACUUGGAUCCAGGAUAACGGAGGAUGGGAUGCCUUUGUGGAAUUGUAUGGCAACAGCAUGAGGCCUUUGUUCGAUUUCUCCUGGCUGUCUCUGAAGACUCUUCUCAGCCUGGCUCUGGUGGGAGCUUGUGUCACUCUUGGUGCCUACCUGGGACACAAAUGAAUCAGCAUCCAUGCAAUGGAUCAACAUGAAAACGGCUCACUAAACUGUAGAAAUAGUAUGCAUUUUUUCAGUGAUAGGUGAUAAAAUUUGGGCAUGGUCUCUCUUUAAAAAAGAAAAAAAAAUUGGAGAACAAAACUUCUGGGCAAAAUGUUAAAUCAGCUAUUUACUGCCAAAGGGAAAUAUCAUUUAUUUUUACAUUAUUAAAAAAAUUUAUUUAUUUAAGACAUUUGCAUUUAACCUCCUGUCUUCAGAAACUCUGCCGCUUACAGCCAAGUACCACUUACCAUGGCUCCUACCCAGAAUCUCCUGUGCCUAUAAAUGCUGAUUUGUUUUAGAGGGAGUUGGCUGGACUGACUCAAUCUCUGAGAACAAACAAACUGACAAAAGCCCUUACUGUUGGGGAAGCGCUUUUUUAGGCUGCUUGAGGUGGGAAGAAGGUAGGGUGCAUUUUAUAUGCAUUUAUAUGCCCUGGGCACUAUGCAUCUUAUUGGAGAGACAACCCUGAAUGGAAGUAGAAUUAUUUCUUGCUGGGAAAAACAGAUACUUUGCGUAUAUGAUUUGCAUGGUGCACACCCCAUCAGAGGGGGAAGAAAAGGAAACCUUUGAGCAGACUUAUGGUCCAGGAAGAUUCUUCACAUUUCCUCCACCUCCCCAGGACAGCUAUGGGAAAUAUAAUCAUAAACCACAUAUGAAAGUAUUUUUUUAAGCUACCAAUUGUGCCGAGACAGCCUUUUAACAAUUAAGACAAUAUCAUCCAAUACCUUAAACACUGAUUUGUCUAUUCAGAUACUCAGAUAAUCCGUCAGUCCAAAUACUCCCUACUUGAGUAGGAAACUGGCUCCUUUGGAAGGUCAAGAAGUCAAUGCAUCAGUGAUUUCUUCAGCAUCAGGGUGUUUUUUGAGCUACUCACACAGAAACAUCAGGACACCAUAAGUGCCUGUUUCUCCGGGAGGUGAAACUGCAGUUUGCAGGCUGUCUUGUGUCCCAACUAAGAGGGCUCGUUCUGGAACCAAGCCUGUGCAGGGACUGGCCUCCAUGAGGGUUUCUAAACAGUGCAGUGUAGUCUCUGAAUCUUUGGAAGUUAGUGAAGUUUUGAAUUCCAUUGGCUAGUAAAAGAAACAUUUUUCCAUUUGAGAAAGGACUCUAAGUAGAGCUAUGCUAGGGCCUGUUUAUCAAAUUGGAGAUAAUGAAAUCAAUUUAGGCUCAAAAAAAAGCUUUUGUUCCAAUUUAAAGUGGAGCUUUGGAAGGAAAACUUUUUUUUUUCAAUUUGGUCAUUUCUUAAGAUUGCCGCUGAAGAAUGAAAAACUCUCAGUCACCACCCAGAUCAUCUCAACAAUUCCAGAAAAUUGCUUCAGUCCAGGAGGAGGCAAAAAGGGGAACCCUACUGCCUUUGUGAGAGAGAGAGAGAGAGAGAGAGAGAGAGAGAGAGAGAGAGAGAGAGAGAGAGAGAGAGAGAGAGAAAGAAAGAGAGAGAGAGAGAGAGAGAGAGAGAGAGAGAGAGAGAGAGAGAGAGAGAGAGAGAGAGAGAGAGAGAGAGAGAGAGAGAGAAUGUGGUAAAUAAUAAAUGAAGGACUUGAAUCCCAUUUUCAUCCAGAUUGCAAAUGUAUCUCAAAUAAGGCCGACAGAUGAGGAACAAUGAACUGUACCAAAUACUGUCCAAACAGCAUUCCUGUGUUUGGGGACUGAGCCUCUACCAUAUCUAUGUGGUUUAAAGAAAGAUUUUAAUAAAGAAGGGAAAUGUCAAAAGGAGAGCAGUGGACUAAGUGACUUAUGCCUAUGGAAUCUGAUGGUGAAACUCAUUAGCUCAUCAUUAUUAUUGUUUGUUCUUAUUUGAAAACCUGGAAGGAUGAGAAAAAACUUCCAGGUGUGGAAUUUGGAGAUUAUCUGCACAUCCUGGGAGCAAAGAAAAGAAACAAUGGCUAAAACUGUAGAGAAAUCUCAAAAGAGAUCCAGCCUCCAGCUUAUAAACUAGAGAAGAGUUUGUGUUUUAAGUUUAGAUUUCACUUUGUGAUAUACAUGAAAUACCUUUGAGGCAUUAUGGCAUUAUAUACCAUUUAUCUGUAUUAACUUUGGAAUGUACUUCGUUCAAUGUUUAAUGCUGUAGUUGAUGUGUUUUCAAAGCUGCUUUUUUUUUAGAUAUAUCAGCAUCUCAGCAUUUUAAAAAAUUGUAUUUAGUUAUUGCCUUUAUACUCUUUGUUAGCAAGGAUGAGGAUUUUUCAUUUGAAAUUUUAUAUUUUGACUCUCCAGGAACUUUUAACAGCACCUCUUGUAGCCUCUGGACCUUGGAUAGCUGAAGGAGAGGGAAAUGUAGCUUUCGAAGGCGUUCAUCUCAACAUGGUUAUGUUCUUUGAAACAGAAAUGUUGAAACAAAUCAAAACAACAUUUUCUGUGGUUCCCUCCACCCUUCUGCCUCCUUCUUCCUUGCAGGUUUACUUGACCUGAACAAUUCUGAGUUUAACUCAAGUUAUUUGAGAUAAUGUGCACAUUUAGCUAUCACCGUGGGGUCCAUUUGGAUGAAAAUUCAAGGAUAGAGAUUUUCUAGGGCCUUAUAGCAAUUAAGAAUCAGGCCCUGGGAGUGUUUGACUUUAUUUAUAGGGUUGCAUCAGAAUGGCCCAUUUAGAUCCAGGUACCAAGUAAAGCCAUGGGAGUUGAUUCAAAUGAGUCAUUUUUCAUGAGUGUCAGUAGCACUUAUGGGUUCACACUUGGAACAGAGUAGACUUGUACAGUGGGAAAUGGCUUGAAUUACAAGUCACUAUUCCAAACCAAAUCAGUGAAGAGAAUGAAUUGACUUUUUGGUUUCAAUUUUGAAAUAUUUUAUUUUAUGAAAGGUUUAUGUUAUCAAAAGUGGCCAAUAUUGAACCGAAAGCCUUGUGCUGCUAUGCCGACCGGAUCAUCUGCAUGGUUUUGUAGUUCACUCCAAGUGUCAAGUUUCUCCAAGCUGCUUUAGAAGUAAUAUGAAGUACCUUAUGGACAUUUUAAAGAUAAAGUCUGAUUGGUGUUUGGUUGUCUUUGUGGUUGUUAUUGUUAUUGUCCUUUAAAAAAAAACCUGGGCUUCCCAGUAUAUUAGUAAAGUGUACAUAUAUAUAUAUAUAUAUACAUAUAUAUAUUAAAAAAAAAGUCAUGGUGGUUAAGAUUUGUUUGGUUUUUCUCUUGCUGUUGGAAUUGUUAUUUUUUGCUAUGCCCCAUGAAAAACUUUGCCACCUGACUCUAGAAUUGUACAGUAUUUCCAUGCCUGCACUUGUUCAGAGACUAGAUAAUUAUGCAUUUCUUAUUGUUUAACAUACUAGAAAUGAUAAAUGUAUAUAAAAGUCUGAACUAAUCAAAUCCUUUUCUCCCUCUUCUUUCCUAGUGUGUUGUUCUCUAUUUCUAAUCCUUGGGGCAUACCCUCACUGAAUCAUUUCCACCUCAUUUUUUGGUUAUACACACAUACAUGCACACACAAAACACCCCUUUCACACUGAAUGUUUUAAUAGCCAUUCCUCCAUCUUCAAUUAAAACUGUGAUUCACAUAUUGUCUAGGGCAAAGAUAUAUAAAAGACGCACAUUUUCAAUUGGGGUCACUGGCAAAUAAAGUAAAUAAAUAAAGUAGCUAUGAGGGAAAGAGCACUCCACUGUCUUCAUGAAUAAAUAAGCCCUUACUUUAAAAAUCUUUAAUGUAAAAAAGAGCUUUUAGUAAAGAAGAAGAAAAACACUGUAUUGGAUAGUCAACCAAGUCCUACCAGCCAAAAUAUUCAUAAAGAGCAGAAAUUAUUUUUAGACUCUCUUUGUGGAAAGUAAAGAUCAGAAAUAUGGCAGGUACCCAGAUAAUUCUAGUUAAAAAAAAAGUGUGCCCUCAAGUCUCCAUUUCACCUUUUAAGUUUCAGAUACACUCACUAAUUUAGAAAUAGCUUUUAAUCACACAGUCAUCAAGUAUUUAUUGAGUGCUUCCUCUGUUCCCAGUACUAAGUGCAAUGAUUCUAAAAUCCAAAGGGACUAAGACUCAUAUUUAAAAUGGAAGAAUCAGAGCCUUCCCAGCAACAUGACAUUAAGGAUUAACUAAAUUUUAAAGUGUCUGGUAAUGCUUAAUUUGCAUUGAGGCAAAUAAUUUUUAUUUAAGAACCUCCAACUUAAAUUCUGAUUUAACCCAUUGAGUUCUUUCAAGGCUGUGGCUAUGGUUACCUUUUUUUUUUUUAAUCAUUUUCAUUGAAUGAUUUACAUGGGCUACGUGGAAGACAGAGGAAGGCCUUUGGAAAACAGAUGGUUCUAAGGACAUCAGGGAACAGAGUUGAAGUUCUGAUUCCAAUUCUGCCCUUUGGUGUUUUAGGUAACAUGAGAUAAACGUGAUUGUUUAUUUCACAACAAAACAAAACAAAACACGGAUCUCGAAUUCAAACCCACAUAGAGUCUAAUCAGAUUAUUUCAUGUCAUUGUCAUUGCUUUUAGGCAUUUUUAUGGCAAUAAUUGGUGGGAAAAAAUGAAAAGUAAUAUAUCAGAACAUUUCUUAAAAUCCAAUCAGUCUUAACAGAUGAUUAACAGAAUAAACAGACCUGACUAAUUUAUUGGAAAGUAAAUAUGGAAAAAAUUGGAAUAGCACUUUUAUUAGUGCUAAACCUGAUAUCAUAUAAUAAUGACCCACUGUAAAUAAGUGAAUAUACAGCAUCUCAGAGCAUUUCACCACUCUCAUUUACAACUCAUAAUAAUGAACCUGGAAGUCCAUUUCUGGAUGAUAGUCUUAAUGGUAAAAAUUUACAACUCCCUUGAAAAUUGCCACUUGGGAUGUAAAUUUGCAUCCCAAGUAUGUGGAAUGAAUAUUAAAGCAGUCAUUUGAACUAGUGGAAUUAGUGGAAGCCCAUGUUAUAGUAGGGGCAUUUCUUUUUCCUUCCUUGCUACCAUGAUGCUUUCAUUGGGCAUGAUGAUAACAUUGACAAGUUUACUAAUUAAGCUGAGUAAAUAAUGAUACCAAUCAAUUAGGUAUGCAAGAAAGAAACAUUCUCUCAUGAUAUGGUGAUAUGGUCCUCUCUUCCAUGGAAUAAUGGAUAGCCCUUGCAAUUAAUUAUGCCUCAUGUUAUGACACCUGUCAAAAUAGGAGCUGCACUUUGGGGAUGGUUCAGCAGAAACUCAUCAUCACUGUCAGAAAACAAGCCCAAAGAUGUCUGUUCUGCUGUUGGUAGGUCAAUCGUGCCAUGUCUAUCUAUAUAUACCAGAUAGCACAUUAAUGAUUUCCAAGACUGAACAGAUCUUGGUAUCCAGGCCAUUUGUGUAAAGGUACAGGGAUUGCGACCUUGCAGAUAGAUGGCGAGAGGCUUUAUUAUAGUAGGGAUCCUUAAGGCUGUGUUACUCCAAGUUGACUCUAAAGCAAGUGGGCAUUAAUUCUAUAUGUUUCCAUUCUUUCUUUUGAAAUGUUUAAAACUACUUUUCUUGAUGGAAUGUAAUAUAAUAUUCAAUUAUAUUUGCCAAGGUAGCAAUGUGAAGUGGUUGUGGCUGAUCUGAUUUCCUUUGGGGAGCCUAAACAGCUGCAUACAUUAGCAUUUUUGAAGUCCUCAAGACAUCCAAGAAUUAUCUGCUUGGGCUCUUCCCCCCCCCCCCCUUAAGUUAAACUUCAAACUGAUUUCAACUUUAUGCUGAAUGCUUUGUCUUUUAUCUUCCAGGAACUACUCUUAAGUUUUCUGUUUUUAACUUGGGAGCUGAGUUUUCAUUAUCACCAGCAUAAUUGUACAUAAAGCAAAUUUUGUUUACACAGUACCUUGGACAUAUGUAUGGUAAGAUAGAGUAGUUUUCCAGUUUGCUACCACUAAAUACAAUGGCAUUUUUUGUUAGUUGUGGGGGUGGAAAUCACAUUGCAUUAAAUUUGUUGUGUCUGUCCAGUUAUUAUUGUGAAAUAACAAAAAUAAAGUGCACUGUGAGCUAUUGGUUA